CUUUCCCCCUUUAGCCUCCAGCUAGGGCUGCCAGAUUUAGCAAAUAAAAAUAUAGGACUCCCAGUAAAGCUUCAGUUUCAGAUAAACAACGAAUAAUUUGUUCAUAUAAGGAUUUCCCAAAUGGUGUCCUGUAUUUCGCUUGGCAGCUCUCCCCCUGGCUGACUGCCCAAUUGUUUGAUUUCCCUGGGAAAACUCUUCAACUGGCCUCAAGUCCACAUUCAGGCUGGGGGAGCCUCAGGAAACUGGGAGAUGUGCUCCCUGCCCUCACCCGGACUUCAGACCUCGUCACCUGGCCUGAGGGUACUUGGCCUAGCUUCCGAGGGUUGCGCAGGGCUCUGCCUGGAAGUAGCUGGAGGGUGUGGGAAGGACUUUGGGUCUGGAAUCUGAAGGCGACUUUGCGCAGGCAUCUAUCAUUAACUGUGUGAUCUUGGGGAUGUUGUCACCUCUGUGAGCCUCGGUUUUCUUGGCUCAAAAAUCGGAGAGGGUGGACUGGAUGAUCCUUUCAGCUCUUAUCUUUAAACCCACGAAGAGCCAGGAAGAGGGAGAGGACAGGUUCCUUAUUGGACAGAACUCCAUUGGUACUAAGUGUUCCGAGGCCCCUUUAGACCCCUCUACCGGCACCCCUCAAUGGGAAACACUGAGUUUCCUAACCAUGGACAGCCCAGCAUGUCAGCUGCCCCCAGGAGCCCUCUGAGCACCAGGUCCAGACGCUCAUCCCUAUAGGCAGGUUGGUCCUUAGAGAGCCCUGGUGUUGAGUGGGCAGUUUAAAUUGCAGUAAGAACAGGACUCAGAGUCCAACACCAGGGACUCCAGUCCUCUCUGUCACUGGGAGACAGGGGAUGUAGCAGAGAAUGGGAUCCCUACCUCUCCUCCAGGAAAGAAGCUUUUUAAUUUAACUGGUCGGGCACCCAAGCCAAGGGACAGACAGCCUUUGUGCCCUUUCUAGACAGCCCCCUCCUCGGGGCUCAUGGACCUGUCUGGCUGAUGAGCUCCCAGGGGGGCGAGGGGUGUGACCUCCCUCCCUUCCCCCCUCCCUCCCUCUCACCACCCAGCCCCAGCCCCAGUGUAGGGCUGGCUAUAAAGCCGGCCCAGCCUGGCCCUCAGCACACCCAGCUGGGACCCUCCUGGACCCUCCUCAGGGGACGCAUCUGCUCUGCUCCUCCUGAUUAGCACCAUGAGGUCCCUGUGGCUCUGCUGGGUGCUCUGGGCACUGCCCCUGCCCAGCCCCAGGGCGGCCAUGACCGAGGAGCAGAUCCUGGGCAGCCUGCUGCAGCAGCUGCACCUCAGUGAGGUGCCCGUCCUGGACAAGAGUGACGUGGAGGAGCUGGUCACCCCUGCUCACGUGCGGGCCCAGUAUGUGGCCCUGCUGAAGCGUGGCCAUGGGGCCCGAUCCCGAGGGAAGAGGUUCAGCCAGAACUUCCGAGAGGUGGCCGGCAGGUUCCUGGUGUCCGAGGCCUCCAGGCGCCUGCUGGUGUUCAGCAUGGAGCAGCGGCUGCCCCCCAACAGCGAGCUGGUGCAGGCCGUGCUGCGCCUCUUCCAGGAGCCGGUCCCUGAGGCCGCGCUCCGCAGGCAUGAGCUCCUCUCUCCACGCAGUGACCAGGCCCGGGUCACCAUCGAGUGGCUGCAUGUCCGUGAUGACGGCUCCAACCGCACCUCGCUCAUCGACUCCAGGCUGGUGUCCAUCCAGGAGAGCGGCUGGAAGGCCUUCGACGUGACCGAGGCCGUGAACUUCUGGCAGCAGCUGAGCCGGCCCCAGGAGCCACUGCUGCUGCAGGUGUCGGUGCAGAGGGAGCACCUGGGCCCGCUGGCCUCCAGCGCCCACAGGCUGGUCCGCUUCGCCUCCCCGGGGCUGUCGGACACCCGGCAGAGUGAGCCCCAGCUGGAGCUGCACACCCUGGACCUCAGGGACUUCGGAGCUCAGGACAAUUGUGACCCCGAGGUGCCAGUGACCGAGGGCACCCGCUGCUGCCGCCAAGAGAUGUACAUUGACCUGCAGGGCAUGAAGUGGGCUGAGAACUGGGUCCUGGAGCCCCCGGGCUUCCUGGCCUAUGAGUGUGUGGGCACCUGCCAGCAGCUCCCAGAGGCCCUGACCUUCAAGUGGCCGUUUCUGGGGCCACGGCAGUGCAUCGCCUCAGAGACGACCUCGCUGCCCAUGAUUGUCAGCAUCAAGGAGGGAGGCAGGCCCCGGCCCCAGGUGGUCAGCCUGCCCAACAUGAGGGUGCAGAAGUGCAGCUGUGUCUCGGACGGGGCGCCCGUGCCAAGGAAGCUGGAGCCGUAGGUACUGGGCAGAGCCACCGUGGGCCUUGGCUCUGUGUACAUCAGAAGGGUUGUAGGUACCAGGAGAGAUGGGGAUUGCUGAUGGGCAAAUGCUCUGUGCUCUCCACUGAGCUCCGAAUUUGCUUCCUCUGACCAGUCAGCUCACCUCCUAAUAUUUGCCUCCCAGGAACAAGACACCCUGGUCACUGGGCAGCCCCUGCUCAGUCUUUUCUAUCCUUAAUAUUGUUCACUGCACUAUAUCCUAAGCACUUACCUGUGUAGAUCCUGUAAUCUAAGAGCAGAAACUCCAAUUUGUCAUUGUUUCCCUGACCUAUCACAGGAUCUGGGCUGAGCUCUGUCGUGUGGGCUAUAGAUCCAACUGCCACUCUGGGUCAAGUAUGGGUUGUGUGUCCCCAUCUCACAUACUAAGGGCAUUUUGCAAGAAACAAAUAAAACACAUUUUAUUCUGUAUUUCUCUAUUUUACCAAGAAGCCUGCCAAUUGUACGGAAAUGUAAAGUUCUAUGGGGACUAGGCCAACCUGAUUAGAAAACUAAGGAAAGAGCUAAAAAAAAAAAAAAAAA